GUCUGUAUAUCAAAGUGCUCGAUGGCUGUCACGCAGGCUGCGCUCCCUUCCUUCAGCUCCUUCUCCAGCCUCGCUCAGUCCAGCGACAAUAUGAAAGUGUGGGAGUCAGAGGGCGGCUCUCUCCCUCUGGACUCUCUCAGCAGCAAACUGUCGCCCAGCGGCUCUGAACAGCUACAGGUCUCACAGCAAAUAACUGAGGAUGACAGCAGAGAAUCCUGGGACAUUGAGUUCCUGCUGUCUGAAUGGAGCAGUCCAUCUCCCGACCUCGACCCCUCUCUGGAUAACAAGGAUCAGGGACCCCCACAGUCGGACCCUCACACAGAGUACCAUGAGCAACCAGCCCAGGAGCAUGUGCAGGUGAACACAGGCUGCCUGAUGGAGCUCCUGCCCCCUGCUGAGACCUUCCCCUCCGUCCAGCCGGAGCUGUAUCACCAUGGUUACAACGGCGACCAAUCGGGUAGGUUUCAUAGUCUACCUAACGUAGAUCAGUUCGGCUUCCCUCAGGGAGGCAGUGUGGAGAGGCACAGCAGAGGAAAUAAGGUCUCAUCCUGGGACUUUAACCCUUACUACCCCCAGCAGCACCCCUCCAUGGUGCCCCUCCCCGACAGAGGGUUCAUCCCACAUCAAGCCGUGACCCCUGACCCACGACACUACAGCUACAUGCCACACUUUAACCACAACCUCUUCUGUGACUACACCCACGGCCAGGCCUCCAGUCACCUGGCUCUCCACCAGCAGACCCUGCUGAUGGGCCCCCAGCUGCCCCCUUGUGGGGAGGAGGUGAAGCGCGGUCGAAGGGCUAUGGGGAAAAAGAGGCCUGCCGUCCACUGCUGCGACUACCCCAACUGCAGCAAGACCUACACCAAGAGCUCACACCUCAAGGCUCACCUGCGCACGCACACAGGGGAAAAGCCGUACCAGUGUUCCUGGGAAGGCUGCAGCUGGAAAUUUGCCCGCUCAGACGAGCUGACGCGUCACUACCGCAAGCACACGGGACAAAAACCCUACGAGUGCCUAAUGUGUCAGAGGGCCUUCUCCCGCUCCGACCACCUGGCUCUGCACAUGAAGAGACACAUCUGAUGCUGACACACACACAGAAAUAAACAGGCAUAAUUUUUGAUAUUU